UUUUACAAAAAAAUUGAAUUUAUAUUAAAUAUCCUUCAAGUUUUAUGAAAUUUUCCUUUAAUAUCUGCUUGUAAACUGUCAGCAUGUGCUAUCUAGAUCUGCUUUCUGUAGUAUUGUUGCUUGUUCUUGUGCAUUGCUGGGGCAAAACUUUUGAGAUUUUCAUUUCUUUAAUCUAUUUUAGCCUCUGAACUUUGGGUUUGGGUUAUUUUCACUUUUGCUUUGCAAUCUUGAUCUAUUCUUUCUUAGAAUUUGUGAGACUGUGAGUUUCUAAAUGAAAAUGUGAAGAUCUUUCAUGUCGGGUUUGUGUAAUUAUUUUUUGCUUCUGGUGUUUUUGACUGUUGAGUUUAUGGACUAUUCUUCAAAUGGCAUAGAAGUCUGUUGUUGAAGUGUACGUUUUUCUGUUGACUUGUUUAGGCAACUUGUAACUUUUCGUACUUCUUCCUUUUACUUGUGUGGUUCCCUGUAUUUAUCUCAAAUUCUGGUUUGAAAGAGUCUGAUCGGAGUUGAAACAAGGAAAAGAAAACCAAAAAUUGGAUACUUUUCUUGGUUAACCAGUAGUACUAUACUUUUUCAAAGAAUGGUGGACUGUCCCAUCCAUGUUCUUGUUGAGAUUGUCUUCUGUUUAUUGUUGCUUGAUUGUGUAUCUUAACCUGAAUAAUAUGAACACGAUUCAAGAAGGCUUAUCUAGACAUGGGACAAUGUUUCCCAUCCAGUAGGUAUUUUUAGUCCUAGGUAAUUUCUUUUUUAGUAUGCUUGGUGUUCGUUGGUUGGUUAUCAGAGAGCAUUUCAAUGUUAUUUUUGAUGCGAAAUUGUUGAGAUCUCUUCCGUGCCUGCGACUUCAUGGUUUUGCUUUUAACUGUAGAUAUGGAUUUGCUAUCCCAGUCACUCGUAUCGAGCUGUUUUAAGAUUCAUUUUUAUUGGGUAUUAAGGAAGUGGAAUUAUGAUGAAUGGACGGUAGAACAGUGAGAUCUGGUGCAAAAGAUGAGAAAUAAGCAGCAAAAGGGAUGCCGGGUUUUGACUCACAAUUACCAGUUACCAACAUACUUUGCUCAGAGGGAAGCACAAUCCAUCCAUUCCCUGUUUCAAACUUUGGGACAUUCGACCAAUCUGUUGGAUUUCGCCUAGAGGAUGCUGUUAACCUGAGUGGAAACUGCGCUGUGUUUGAUUCUGCAAAAGUAAGUCGGCAAGAAGUUCCUUCUGAUCGUGACCUUAUUAUUGGCACUUCAGACAAGACUCCAACUUCAUUUACUAAUUAUCCGUCCACCAACCAAGUUGAAUCUCCGAGGUUGCAGUUAGAAAAAGGUCAAGAAACAAACCUAGUCUCGAUACCUAGUGGUAAUACAGAAAACUGGGGAGAAUCCAAUAUGGCUGAUGGUAGUCCAAAGACUGACAUCUCUACAGAUGCAGACACUGAUGAAAAAAGUCAGAGGUUUGAUAGAGGAAAAUCUAGUAUUGUUGCGGUUUCUGAUUCUAGUGACAGAUCAAAGAGUAAUUUGGAUCAAAAGACACUUCGUAGACUAGCUCAAAAUCGUGAAGCUGCAAGAAAAAGCAGAUUGAGAAAGAAAGCAUAUGUGCAACAACUAGAGAGUAGUCGUUUAAAGUUGACACAAUUGGAGCAGGAGCUUCAGCGGGCACGGCAGCAGGGUAUCUUCAUAUCAAGCUCUGGAGAUCAAAGCCAUUCGAUGGGUGGAAACGGUGCCAUGGCAUUUGAUGUAGAAUAUGCACGAUGGUUGGAAGAGCAAAACCGACAAAUUAAUGAGCUGAGAACGGCAGUAAAUUCUCAUGCAAGCGAUGCAGAACUUCGUAUUAUUGUUGAUGGUGUAAUGGCUCACUAUGAUGAAAUUUUCAGGUUGAAGAGCAAUGCAGCUAAGGCUGAUGUUUUCCAUUUGUUGUCAGGCAUGUGGAAAACACCUGCCGAGAGGUGUUUCUUAUGGCUUGGUGGUUUCCGUUCAUCUGAGCUUCUAAAGCUUCUUGUAAAUCAAUUGGAGCCUUUGACCGAGCAACAGUUGGUGGGGAUAGGUAACUUGCAGCAAUCCUCCCAACAGGCUGAAGACGCAUUAUCCCAAGGGAUGGAGGCAUUGCAGCAAUCUCUGGCUGAAACAUUGUCGACUGGAUCUUUAGGCUCUUCUGGAUCAUCUGGGAAUGUGGCGAACUACAUGGGUCAAAUGGCCAUGGCCAUGGGGAAGCUCGGGACUCUUGAGGGGUUUAUUCGUCAGGCUGACAACCUACGGCAGCAAACGCUACAACAAAUGCACCGGAUAUUGACAACCCGUCAGUCAGCUCGUGCACUGCUUGCGAUACAUGAUUAUUUCUCAAGAUUACGGGCUCUUAGUUCCCUCUGGCUUGCCCGACCCCGAGAGUGAAACUGUCUUGUCACCCUUUUGACUGUUCUGAUGUGUUUAACUGGUAUAGGUCCUGCUGGAAACUCAAGAAUGGUAGAAUAAUUUUUUCGGUCCGGCAUGGACAGGAAACAUUAGGUCUAAUUAACUUGUCUUUCAAUCUAAAACUUGUGUUUUAGUUUCAGUAAUCCUUUGUGAUAAUGUGUUGUUUUGUCUGUACGUGAAGUUAUAAAAUUAUGUGCAUUAAAGUAAUAUCUACAGUUUUACAUUUUUUAGUA